GCCUCUCACUCUUUCCCUCCCCUUUCGGCAAAAACCCCAACGCCGAGCAGAGCCGCCCCCCUUCCCCACCCAACCAGGCCCCGUCCCGUACCCAACCCCAGCGAAAACCCUAGCCGGCGCCGCCCUCCCAUGUCUCUCGGCAGGCCCAGCCGCGGCAAUGCCGCCGCAGGCGGCGGUGGCGGCGAUGAUCGAGCCGCUGCGCCGCUCGGCAACAUCUGGCCCCGGAGCUUCGCGCUGCGCGACCGGCGGGGCCAAUCCAGCGGCGGCGGCGGCGGUCCGGCGCUGCCCGGCGCCCUCGUCCUCGGGGGCUUCCCGCGGCACGACCUCCCCGCCCCACCCGACGGGCCCGACCUCAACGCCGUCGUCGCGCCGCCGGUGAGCCAAGUUGCCCCAGCCCCAGCUCGUCCUUCCCAGGCCUGUGUACAAAAACUCCGAGCUCGUGUCCAUACCCUGGAGACUGCAUUUUCUGACGCGGAUAGGAUUUUAAGGGAUAUUCAAGGUGAAAUACAACAGAUGAGGGAGGAGGGGCAUGAGAAAGACAGGCAAAUCCGAUCUAUCGUUGAAGAUUCAGAGAAGGAACGUCAGACAAGGCACAUUAGAAUCAAGCAAUUCGACCAUGAUAAAGAGCUGAUGCGUGGCACCCUUCAGGGAUACAAAGAAAAACUUAAGAAGUCUUCUGAUGCAUUUCUGGAGUAUAAGAAGAUGUGUGAAGGAAGUGGCGUGUCAUCUUCGGGUGUUGUGGCUGAUGAGCAAAAUCGUAUUCUUAUGAUGCGGCAGAAGUACGCAGAGGACAUUAAUGCGCUUCAGAGAGAUGUGUGUUUGAGCUUUGCAGCAUGUGCUAAAGAGAUUACAAUGCUGGCAACAUGGACUGCAUACCUCAACAAUGAACUUCAAAGGCUGAAAGAUUAUAUACAAAUUCCAGAUCUCAACAAUGGGGGCCCUCAACUGUGAAUUCUACAUUGGAGACUACAAGGGUGAUGCAGGUGGACAUUGAAGCUUUUGUCAUGAAGGAUGGGAACUGAAGAUGAGGAGGAUCGCAUAUAUUUUGGUGUUGCUUACAUAACCAAGAUGCCGCAACAUGGUGCCUUAAGUAUUAUUAGUUCUGUAGUCUGUAGCCUGUACCCGCAUACCGUGCUAUGAAACAGUGAUCGUUACAUCGCAAGACUUUGUUUGAUGUAAAGCCUAUUAGCAAAGACUCAAAAUGUAGCCUCACCUGUUCCUUGUCUCCAAUAAUGUUAAUUAUUCCAUCUAUAAGAAGGCUUUGUUUUGACUGCCA